UUUUUUUCUGUUUUUUUUUCAUAUUUACGAACUCGUAGAAGGGUUCGGAUGCGAAAUCUCGCGGGAGAAAUAGAUGAAGGGCACAGGGGGGCGUCGAACCCCUCGGCCAUGCUCGCCGCGCUCGUGAGCAAGAGGGCGAAGCUUCAGGAGGAGCUCCGAAGCAUCGAGAGACAAGUCUAUGACUUGGAGACUACCUACUUGCAAGAAUCGAAUCAGUUUGGAAGUGUACUUAAAGGUUUCGAAGGAUUUUUGUCAUCGUCUAAGAGCACCACCAACCUCAAGCGCUCCCGGAAGUUUCAGCCUGAUGAUAGGCUCUUCUCAUUGUCAUCGGUUACCUCUCCAGCAGUUGAAGAGCAUUUAGCCGGACGAGAAGAUGGAAGAGCCGAGUACGGGCCGGGUCGGUUGAAAGGAGGAAGCACUCCAGUAAAUGGACAAGGAAAACCGAAGAAAGGGGGAAGGAUUGCAUUGAGGGAGGGGAAAAGAAUCCGGCCUUCGAAUGACCAAGAAUUGGAUGAUGAAGAUGAUUUUUAAACCAACUCUUAGAUAGUCUUUUUCUGUGUAGAACUAAUUUCUUUGCUUCGGUUUGCCGAACUCGAUCAGCAACUGUUGUUGUUCCUCUUUGCAAUUCCAUGUUGCUAGAUAUACAAAUGUUCUGUUUAUGUGAAAUCCAAGAACUGGAUGUAUUUUGCGAUUUUUUUUUUUGUUUCUUUUAUAAGAGCUAUUGUGGUGGCAACGAACAAUCGACGAUUUUUAUUGUAUACUGGAAAUAGGGAGGGCAAUGUCUCUUUCUACUUAACUGUAAAUUUAUUCUUCCUAUGAUGAUUCUUUAGGUUA